UGCACUGCAGUGCAGAAGAAGCAAGUGGGGAAGUUGAUAAAUAAACUAAACUAACAACAACAACAAGUAGUAUUACUACACGUGCAUUGUUCUCCACAGAAAAAGAAAAACUCCGGCAACUUCAAUGGGCGGCGAGAAGAGUGAAAAUAGUCCGUUUCAUUUUCUGGUGAAUCGAUGUCGGAGCUUGGAGGAGAAACAAGCCAAGCUGGAGAAGCAGUUUGAUGAAUUGCUGCAGGAGAAAAGGCGCGCGGUCAAAGACAAUGACGAAAUCAUUGCAGAUUCAACAGAUGGUGAAUUCCUUUCUGGUUUCUUCUUCUCUCUAAGUCCUUAUGCAAGCAUUUUGAAAUGCAUGGGACACGCCGUUUAUGUCCAGAGAGUUUCCUCCGGCGAGAUUAUUUACUGGAAUGAUUCAGCGGAAACUCUGUAUGGAUGGAAGGACUAUGAAAUCAUUGGACAAAGAGUAGCUGAUUUCCUAGUUUCUGAGGAAUAUUAUGGGCCUCUACGGAAAAUUCUAGAACGGGUGAUUACAGGAGUGCCAUGGUCUGGGCAGUUUCCUUUCAAGAAGAGGUCUGGUGAAAUAAUGAUGGCAAUGGUAACAAAAACUCCUCUUUAUGAGGAUGGUGAGCUUGUUGGUGUUAUCAGUGUUUCUAGUGAUGGAGCUGUAUUUAACUCUAAUAAGGAUUUCAACAAACGAAGAGCUUGCCAAUCUCGCGGGAAUGGCCAACCUGGAGCACAAAGAUUCAAAAGGAUUCAGUGGCCUCCACGCCCGUUGAUUGCACCAGUGCCGCAGAUUGCAUCAUCCGUUUCCAAUCUGGAAACCAAAUGUCAUUCCCGAAGUCAUCAUAAAGAAAACACAACUGUCCAAGACACCAGCAAGAAGGAUGAGUCUACUAAUGAAUUUAGCCAACCUUCUAAAAUUGCAGCUAAAGUCCUUGCUAAGCUUCAAAUCGGGGGAAGUGGAAAAUGUAGGAGGAAUACUAGUAGUAUUAAUGAUAAUUCAAGAAGUUAUAGAGUGAAUAAUGAAAAUGGUUUAUCUGGAGGUUCAGUUGCAUUAACUUCGCACCAGGACAAUUCAAAUGGAGCAGAUAAAGAUGAAAAUCUCCAACAAUGUAAUUCUUUAUUUGCUAUCAAUAAAGCAGAUGCAAAUAUUUCUGCACAUAGAACUUCUAGUGUUUUCAAAGAUAGUUAUGCUAAACCUUUCUCAAAGGACUAUUGUGAAUGUUUUGGUUCUUCCUUUCAUCAAGACCCUUUUUUCAAGAUUAGGCUGACAUUGGAGCCAGAAGCUACAAAUAUGGUGCUAGAAGAUGAAGUGCAAAUGCGGCAAGAAGGGUUGCCAUUGCCAUGCUCGAAGGAGAGUAUAGUUGUUAGCCGUGAGAGUUCAUCAAGAAAAGGGAAUAGUGAAUCAAACUCUAUUGCAGGGUGCGGAAUCCAUUGGGAAGACCUUCAAUUAAGAGAGGAGAUUGGGAAAGGUUCGUGUGCUGUUGUUUAUCAUGGAAUUUGGAAUGCAUCGGAUGUUGCCAUCAAGCUGUACUUUGGGAAUGGAUACACAGAGGAGACUUUACGAGACUACAAAAAAGAGAUUGAUAUAAUGAAAAGAUUGAGACACCCUCAUGUAUUGCUUUUCAUGGGAGCAAUAUAUUCACAGGAAAAGCUUGCCAUUGUGACAGAGUUAUUGCCUAGGGGAAGCCUUUUCAAAACACUUCACAAGAACAAUAAAAAAUUAGACAUCAGAAGGCGUCUUAAAAUGGCUCUUGAUGUUGCUAGAGGAAUGAAUUAUCUUCAUCACAGAAAUCCACCAAUUGUGCAUAGAGACCUAAAGUCUUCCAACCUGCUAGUUGAUAAAAAUUGGACUGUCAAGGUUGGAGACUUUGGCCUCUCGAGGUUGAAGGAUGCAACUUUACUGACUACCAAAUCCGGGAGAGGCACUCCUCAAUGGAUGGCCCCUGAAGUCCUCCGCAAUGAACCUUCAAAUGAAAAGUCUGAUGUGUUCAGUUAUGGUGUCGUCCUUUGGGAAAUAAUGACUCAAUCUAUUCCAUGGGAAAAUUUGAAUUUCUUACAGGUUGUUGGAGUAGUAGGCUUUAUGGAUAGAAGACUGGACCUGCCUGAUGAGCUUGAUCCCCAUGUAGCAUCAAUCAUAAAUGGCUGCUGGCAAAGUGAUCCAGAACAACGUCCGUCGUUUGAAGAGCUAAUACAGAGAAUGAUGUUGGUUCUCAACAGAGUAACAACUAUGCCAUUAAAGAGAAUUGCAGAAUCCUGAACAUGUUAGGCUGUUUAAGGGAGACAAGUGGCAGUUAAAAAUGCAGGUUAUCGCAUACAAAAAAAGUACUGGCGGACAAAUUGAGAGGCAAACCACAAAUAACGACACAAGGGAGAGAAAUAGAAGACUGGUUGUGAUCCGAGCCACUGUUUAAGGUGACUAGAGUUGAUGUUGUUGACCCAUAGCUAGCUCCUUUUGUGAGGACUUGUGCUGCACAGCAGUUAUAAAUGAUCACUACACCAAUGAAUACUUGUUCGGAUACUCCUUGGACUAUGCCACUCACUCCACAUCAACUCCAUUCACCGAUGGGCUUGCACCCUGCAGCAUAUCACUUAUUGUUCUUGUCUCUGACGCCUUAUUUGUCUAUGAAUGAACAUUAAAGGUUAUCUAAUGACUAAUCGUCUUGACAAAAGAAUAUGGUUGAUUAUCUAAUUGUGAUGUAACUAUAUGCAACACCAGACACCAGGUUAUAUAUGAUUGAUGCUGGAAAAGAUAGUAUUGUAGUGAGUGUUGUUAUAAUUAAUGGAUUCAGAUUUCUUAAA